CAGGCAACAAAGGUAAACAGCAAAAAGUGGCAGGAUCAUGGCCACUAACUACAGUGCAAACCAGUAUGAGAAAGCUUUCUCACCCAAGUACCUGCAGAACUGGUCUCCCGCCAAGCCAACAAAAGAGAGAAUUUCUUCCCACGAAGGCUACACUCAGUUUAUCGCCAAUGAUCGUGGCCAUCUGCUGCCCUCGGUGCCCCGUUCCAAGGCAAGUCCUUGGGGAUCCUUCAUGGGCACCUGGCAAAUGCCUCUGAAGAUUCCCCCCGCUCGGGUGACCCUGACCUCUCGUACAGUGGCUAGUGCUGCCUCCCUCACCAAAUGGAUACAGAAAAAUCCGGAUUUGCUCAAGGCUUCCAAUGGGCUUUGUCCUGAAAUCCUCGGCAAGCCUCAUGAUCCAGACAGUCAGAGGAAACUGGGGAAGUCGAUCACAAAGACCGUACAACAGGCACCAAGUCCCACCAUAAUCCCAAGCUCCCUGGCUGUAAACCUCAGUUCCCCGGACCAGUCCCAAAGCUCACACCCUUCUGCAGGUCACACUCCAGGCCCCCAAAGCCCACCCAUCUCUCCUAAGAGCCCACUUGGAAGCCCGUGUAUGGCGGAACCCCGCGCUUGCCCUAACUCAGCUGAGCUUCUGGGUCUGAGGUACAGCUGUGGAGUAGAGCACGCAUGCGCGUGUCUGGAGAAGGUGGGGGGAGAAACGCUCAUCAUUCCUCAGCCGCCACCUGGCUGGCGCUCCGGCUCCCUUCUUGGCUCCCAGGGUGCCGAGCGGCACCAGGAGGUUUAUAAGCACUUCUUGCUGGGAUUCUGGAAGCUGAGAAAACACAAAGCCUCCAUAUGCUAA